AUGUUUGCGGAGCGCACCGCAAAGGCUGCAGGAGCACCACAGAAGGCAUCACCAGCAGCGAAAACAAGCAGUUCACGACAGGGGACGACAGUAACAAGAUCAGAGAGCUCUAAUGGGCAAACUGACUCUUCUGAGUCCGAGCGUAGAGUUGGCGCAGAUGGGACUGGUGGAACUGCAGCCAGCGUGCAGGGGCUGGAGAGACAAACGACUGCUGUUCAGACAGAAGUGGAGCAUGAAGAGAGAGAAAUGAGAGAUGGCGUGGAAACGGUGAGGAAUGGUAAGAUGAAAAGUGAGACGUUGACGAAAAGCCAGGAGCGUGAAAACCAAGAGCAUAUUCCUGGGGAUUCACCGGGUCAUCAAACUGGACACUCUGAUUCCUCUCUGUCAGCAAGUAAUAACCAUCUGUCUGUGGCUUCGAGCAGUGAGACAUCAACAACAACAUCACAAUCCACACCAACGGCCGAUGAAGAAGAUCAGCGUGCAGUUGUGGAGCGGCAAGAGCACGGUGCGUUGCAAGGGGAAGUAUCGGUGCCAGUUGCAGUCCACACAGUGCCAAAGAAUAUUCUUCCAUCGGACCACAACACGAACGAACUGAGCCAGAAUCAACAAAGAACGAUGAAUGGCGGUACCUCUCACGAAGAGGAGAAGAGUACUGAUAUGGUUACAGUGGUCACCCCAGAGAUUAAUGCCGAAACUGAGGAAGAGGAACCGCAAGUGUCAAAAUUGGGUCCCGUCCCAUCCGUUGAGGUGGGAGAAACAGUGCCACUGGCAUUUCAACAUGGAGCACUGAUGGUCGCUGUGGAAGCGUCGGGAACCGAAGCUACGGUUACGACACCAGCCAAGGUGGUGGCGGCAGAGGCGGACAAAGCAAUGGAGUACGUCACGGAAGCGGCGACAAACGCUGCGGCUGCACUGGUAAAGGCUUCGGCGGCAGAGAAUAGCGCUGGAAUGAUGUUGAAGAGCACCACUGAUGCCGUGGAGAGCGCCGGGCUGUUGCUGAGCAUGGCUGAAAAGGCAGCGCGUACUGUUAAAGAUGCAACACGAGAAGCAGAGGCAACUGCAACAGAGAAGGUUGAAGAUACAAUACAGAAGGCAGGGACAGCUUCGCCGGAGAAGGUCAAAGGUGCAACGCGAGAAGCAGAGGCAACUGUAACACAGAAGGUUGAGGAGGAAGGAAAGCAUAUUUCCAACAGAGCAACAGAUGCAAAGACUGAGACGGGUGCUGUUGUUGUGAAGGUGAUUCGCAAAGCGGACGGCAGUAGCGUCUCUGCGUGGAUACGCGUGCCGCUUCUUCUGUCGGGGGCACUCGCCUAUGUGACUCUGUGCCAAUGA